AACGAAUUGACUUUUGAAAUGAAAGUUUAUAAAAUCUCCCUCCAGUUUGCAAUUAACUAUGUCUGUCUGGACGCCCUUAGAAUCUAAUCCUGAGGUGUUGACCAAAUACAUACACACAUUUGGUGUUACCAAGGAUUGGGUUAUAACUGACGUAAUGGGCCUGGAACCUGAUAUGCUAGAAUGGAUACCAAAGCCAGUGAAGUCUAUAAUUUUAUUGUUUCCUUGUUCUGAAAUCUAUGAAAAGCAUCGCGCUGAAGAACAGAAACGUCUAGCUGAAACUGAACCAACUUAUCCCAAGGAUUUGUUUUAUAUGCGUCAAUUUAGCCAAAAUGCUUGUGGAACUGUAGCUCUCAUACACAGCGUAGCUAACAAUGAGGAUAUCUUGUUAGGUGAAGGCAUUUUAAAAGAUUUCUUGGACUUGACCAAAGAUAUGGCACCAGAAGAACGUGGCAAGGCUUUAGAAGCUGAUAAGGCUGUGCGUGAGAGUCACCAAGCUUUGGCUCAAGAAGGUCAAACCAUAUCAGAUCCUAAUGAGGAAGUUUAUCAUCAUUUUGUCGCUUUCGUUAACAAGGCGAGCACUCUAUAUGAACUCGACGGUCGUAAAAUGUUCCCUAUUGAACACGGAGCCACGAGCAAUGAAACUUUUCUCCAAGAUGCAGCUCGUGUUUGCAAAGAAUUCAUUGCUCGUGACCCUGAGGAAUUACGCUUUACUGUUCUAGCGUUAAGUGCUGCCGUGAAAUAAUCUGACGUUUUCCUUUACAUUAUCAAUAUUUCUCUAUUUGGAUAAAAUCGCUUACUAAGCAUUCGCAAUUCGGGCUAUUUUUACAUGAUUUUCAGUUUCU